GUGUGUGUCUUGAAUGAUCUUGACCCAGUCGUCCGUCAUUUACUCUUUGUCCUAUGACGUAUAUAUUGAAACCCGGAAGUAUUGCCGCCGCCAGUCAUCAUACACUGCAAAUGUAAGCUGUGAGACGAAUCAAGUACAUGUGAAGACCGACAAGUUAAACUUUUAAAUCACACGUACCGUUGAGGACUGAAGCUGACUGUUCUGACUCUCCUGUCACGUCAGGGUCUCCAUUUAGGAAUGGCUCCACGAGUGGACGAUGUUAUGCGUCUGUGCUGUGAAAUUUCAGCUCAUGAACAGAUCAAGGCUGCGGUGAAAAACUCCACUAAAGGCGCCAUGGUGGCAGGAGGAGCCGCCUUAAUGUGCGGGAUGCUCGCUGGACCUCCAGGGAUCGCUGUUGGUGGAGCAGUGGGCGGUCUGUUUGGUGCCUGGCUCACCAGCGGACAGUUCAAACCUCUGCCUCAGAUCCUGAUGGAGAUGCCCCCUAACCAGCAGAAUAAGCUCUACAAUGACGUUGUAGCUGUCUUAGGAAACCUGGACUGGACUGACGCGGCCCAGCUUAUCGCCCUGGUGAUGGGCAACGCCACGCUCCAGCAGCAGGUCACUGCCGCGUUACUUAACUACAUCACAAAGGAACUCAGAGCAGAGGUGCGCUAUCAUGACUGAGUCAUGGAUACUGAUGGACUUUUAAUCAAAAAAAAAAAAACGGUGCUUCACAGCAUAUUUUAUAUUUAAGGGGAAGAAAACAAAAUCAUCUGUAUUUGACUUUAGUCUGUCAACCAGAGUAGAAAGCUUUUGCUGGUUUAUGGGUGUCUGUCUCAACAAGGAGGGAAUUACAGCAUGGUCAUUACGGAAACCUCUCUGUGUAUUUCAGCAAUGAGUCAAAAUGGACAUUUGAACAAAUUAUUUAUAUGUGAAACUGAAAACCAACCACAUUUUCCUCUGCUUUUUCAAUCAAUAGAUAAUGUGCCUGUCCAAACAUUUAUCCUGACUUAGAGUAUAACCUCUUUGCUACCACACUCCAUAUCAGGGCAUUUUAAAUGCAACUUGAAAGUACAUCUUUCAUUUCAAUAUUAAAUGUUGACUCUGCCAGG